GGUGUAUAUGCCAGGAGAGGGUGGAUCUUGUAGCGCUGUGCGAUAAGCUGUGUGUGAAUGUGGGGGCUGUAGAGGUCGCGUUGCAGUAUAUAAAGGCUUACACCAGCACCCUGGUCUGCAGACAGGAUUUACUAAGCGUCUGUCAUUGUUUCGUUAACAAUACGGUUGUCCUUCCGUACUCAAAAUGUCAAAGUCUGCCGUCACCAAAUUACUGGAAGAUCUCGGAGAAUGGAGCUGCGAACCCAAGUUGCCCCCAGAUGAUUUUAUUGACUCUUGUAUUCAGUCAAUCUGCUCGAAGGUGCGAAAGGCCGUCGAAGAGAAAAUCAACAGCGGAAAGCCAUUUUCCCAGUUUCACGCAACACUCUACAUGCAAAAGGAUGUUCUCGCUGGUGAAGGCACUAACUACCGUAUGAAGGUUCAGAUCAAUACGGUCUGUGAGAUCCGUGUUCAGGCAUACCAGAUGACACUCAUUAUGCAGGGAGCGGAUGUACCUGUUGAACUGAUUGCCGUUGCUAGCGAUGCACCUCUUGGUGCUCCCUUCUAGGAGCCGCGUCACGUGACUCCUUCAAUUCUUCCCCCCUCUAUGCAUUACGAGUGCGAACUGGGUUUUUUUUUGUUGGCUGCUAUCACUUAUCAGUAUAGCUUUCUAGCCCUAGAAACCCUGCGUCAUCAAUCACGUCAUUCGCUGCUUCAUAUACUUAAGUUACGCUUUCCACACUUUCAUUGCCUAAUAAUGGGUUCCAGUCUCGUUGAUUGAAUGAAAAUAAUUAUGGUGUGGAAUCAG